AUGCCUCCUAGCCGCAGCACGAAGCGUGCGUACUCAGAGCCCCCUGUGGACCCCGAGGAAUCUACCAAGAAGCGCAAACCGAUCAACGGUAGAACGGAGGUUUCUCCUUCUCCCUCUGAUUUCUCGUCAGAUGGGCUUGAAAAUGAUUUGCCGCUCGCGCCAGGGGCCCACGACUAUGUUGACUACAGCUUGAUGGCUCAAGGUGGUCAGGAUGAGGGCCAUUCACGUCCCCCGAGACAACAGCGAUGGAAACACAAUGGGGACCAACCUAUCACCGAUCCAGCUCUUGUCCCGGAAGGCUGGAACGCCGACGAGUUAGAUCUCGACGUCAACGACAUCGAUAGUCAAGUCGAAAGAUGCCUAGAGAGGAUCAGUGAUGGAAUCUUACCUAAUUUCUUCAAGUUCAGACUGUCACAGUACGAGAGAAGAAGGGCCGCUCGCGAUGAAAUGGUCCAUUCUGAACCGGCUGGACUCAGCUGGGACAUUGUUCGACGUUUGGAGCACUUGAAGAACAUCGACAAGUAUCUCAGCACGAAUGGGGACCCGGAUAAUCAGCUUCCUAAUGUCAAGGCUAUCAUCAAAGCUUACAGGCAACGCAAAUUGGGAUGGUCGAGAGGAUGGGUCAGCUACUGGUCGAAGGGCGUGCAAGUCAAUACCCCCCAGAAGUUCGACGCGGAUCGUCAUAAAAAACUGGCUGGGGAGUACGAUACCAAUAAAGCGUGGUGGGUGGAAGGUUUCCCGGUAAAUAUAUCGGCUGACAGCCAACGUAUUGGUGCCAAUGGCCUCACCCUAUGGGUGUGCCAUGAUACUGGUGCCGAUCUCAUGGCGGUACCUGAAUGCUAUAUCGACCAGUUGGAGUCCCUCGGUAUCCCUGUUCCAGUUCAUGGCUAUAAUCUCAUGGACAUCCCUGGCUCCACGACUUGUCACAAGGUUGUGGAAGUUGACGUCCGGCUGGUUGACAUCAACAAUGCGCCUUUGUGCCACUGGAUGAGAAUACAGGCCUGUGUCCUCCCAUCUAGGCUGGGCGAUCACUUUGGAACAAUUCUUUCCGGACCUUUCCUGCGAUUUGCGCUCUACACUGCAACAUGCCCAGAUGGACAGGGGCAUCUCUAUGUUUGUAAUAACAAGAAGGAGCUCAGGAAGCUUCCAGCCCUCGCAGACGGCUUUGUGCCAGCAGGACCGCCAUUUGUGUCUACCACUCCUGCAGCUCCGGAUGGUGGAGAACCACCCCGUUUCCUACUAGAACAGCAUAAGCUCACGAGACCAUUACCGGUGCAGCCACCCCCAAUACCACUACCAGCGAAGGAACCAUCGAAGAAAGGUAGAAAAAAGGGAAAAGGGAAAACCCCCUAA